CCCACCAUUAUUAUAUAUAACAUCCCAAGGCAUGGUCCUGGCAAUAAACCAUCCUCAAAUCUCUAACACCACACUUAAAAAUGAGGCACUGUUUGGCUAUGUUUCUUUUCCUAGUCACAACAACCUAUGCUAACACGGUUGCCCCUACCACCACCCAAAAGCCACCAAGAAGCUUUGCAAACCAAUUCCUAAUCCCCCAGAACGCGGCACGUGCGGUGCUGAGGCUGCGGCCAUUGGUGUGGGACUCCAAAUUAGCACACUAUGCUCAGUGGUAUGCAAACCAGAGGCGCAACGAUUGUGCUCUUGAGCAUUCAAACGGACCUUACGGUGAGAACAUUUUCUGGGGCAGUGGCACGGGGUGGGAGCCAGCACAAGCUGUUAGUGCUUGGGUUGAAGAGCGCCAAUGGUACAAUUAUUGGCACAAUUCCUGUGCCAAUGGACAGAUGUGUGGGCAUUACACUCAGAUUGUGUGGAGCACCACGAGGAAAGUUGGUUGCGCUAGCGUUGUUUGCUCUGCUGGUAAGGGUACCUUCAUGACUUGCAACUAUGAUCCUCCUGGGAACUACUAUGGAGAGAGACCUUACUGAAAUUUACUUGUAUAAUAAUUAAUUAUAACAAGUGACACAAGUCAAUAAUAUUGUACUAAUAGGAUCGUAGUAGCUAGCUAGCCAUGUUCUCCGCUGGCAUAAUAUUAUUGUCUGUUUGCCAUGUGGCUUUAAUUCUGGCUCUGUCUCGCGUGUUAAAUCGUGUAGCUACUCUGUAUUCUUGUUUUUAUUGCUUCUCUAAUAUAUAAAGUAUAAAUGUCUGAUA